GAUUUGAAUCUUCUAUAAACAUGACAAACUACACUAUGGUGACAGAAUUCACCUUUCUGGGCAUCCCUGAGACAGCAGGCCUGGAGAAGGUCCUGCUCUUCCUGUUCUCAGCACUGUACGCCUGUGCCCUACUGGGAAACUUCCUCAUCCUUACUGCAAUCAUAUCCUCCCAGCGACUCCACACUCCCAUGUACUUUUUCUUGGGAAACCUCUCCAUCUUUGACUUGGGUUUCUGUUCCACUACAGCUCCAAAGAUGUUGUCAUAUCUGUCAGGACAGGGUCGAGGAAUCUCUUUCCACGGCUGUGUUGUACAACACUUUUUCUAUCAUUGUCUGGGUUGUACGUUGUGUUUCCUGUACACAGUGAUGGCCUAUGACCGCUUUGUUGCCAUAUGCUACCCUCUGAGAUACACAGUCAUCAUGAACCACAGAGUGUGCUGUGUCUUGGCCACAGGGACCUGGAUGAGUGGAUGUGUGCACGCCAUUAUUUUAACUUCCCUCACUUUCCAGUUGCCCUACUGUGGACCCAGUGAGGUGAAUUAUUACUUCUGUGACAUGCCUGCUGUGUUACUACUGGCCUGUGAGGACUCCUCUCUAGCACAGCGGGUAGGCUUUACAAAUGUUGGUCUUUUAUCUCUUAUUUGCUUCUUCCUAAUACUUGUGUCCUACACUCGAAUUGGGAUCUCUAUCUCAAAAAUUCGCUCAACAGAAGGAAGGCAGAGAGCAUUUUCAACCUGCAGUGCCCACCUCACUGCUAUCAUCUGUGCUUAUGGACCUGUCAUCAUCAUCUACCUGCAGCCCAAUCCCAGUCCAUUGCUUGGUGCAAUAAUCCAAAUUUUGAACAAUCUUGUGACACCCACACUCAACCCACUAAUCUACAGCCUGAGGAAUAAGGAUGUGAAAUCAGCCCUGAGGAACAUAUUUCUUAAGAGAAAUCUCAGUCUGGAAAAUAAAUGAAAAUGACUAAAUCUUUGCUUAACAAAGUUUGAAUCACAAUUUGAUAGGCCAGAUUUGCCUCAACAACUUAUUUCUCAAGAUAAAUUAACAUCUAUAGCUUC